GCACCGGUAGGUGUGGCUCCACCCUUCCCAACUCAGAGUCAUGGGGAGCCCAGGGAAGGGUGGAUUACCCAUGGUACAGGCCCCUUACACAGUUCUGCUGCUGCCACUGGACACAAGUUGCCAAGAUCCAGGUGCCAGAAGUUUCUUCCUCUGGCUGCAGAGGAUGCAGGCUCUGGAGAGGGAACAGGAUGCCCUCUGGCAGGGGCUGGAGCUGCUAGAGCAUGGCCAAGCCUGGUUUGAAGGUCGUCUGAGGGACACACAGCAACAGCAGCUGUACCUGGGGGCCCUUGGUGAGAACUUUCUAACAGAUUUGUACUUAGAACCAGAUGUCUCCCAGUUAGCCCAGAUUCAAGAUGUGAACAUUUGUUUACAGCAUCGGAUUCAACAAAUGUUUUCCCAAUGUCCCUUGGACAAGCCUAGUUCCUAUGAUCCCCCGAACUGGAAGGGAAGUCCAAGAAAGCAGACCUUGUGGCAGCAACAGGAGUUUUCAAGGCAGCAGAAAGGAGUCAUUCAGCCAAAGGGGGAGAUGCCUCAACCUGGCUGCCCAAAGGGACAAAGGGGUCCUACCCAGGUCUGAGCACUCCUCCUUUACCCCAGUUGGUGACCAAGGAGACCAAGUCAGAACACAUAGCCUUUUUAUUCUAGUUCUUGACUCAGCAGCUAAAUGACUCCCAGAGGAGGGUCAACUGAAGUCUAAACAUCUUGGUGUGAAGAGGGUCUGAUCUUCUCUGCUCCUGAACAUUUUUUUCACCUUCUCUGUGUGUUAUACCCUACUUUCCCCUAUAUAAUGUGCACAACAAGCCUUUUCUAAACUCUUGAGGAGAGGACAUGUUUAUAGAAUUUGUCUUUCAACUUUAAAUACAAAAAUAAAAUAACAUCUCUAGAA